ACCGCGCUAUAAGAGCGGCUUGCGCGUGUGCGAGCGGAGCUGUUUUUGGAGAGGACUGCGCCUUGGCUGACCGGUGCGCACCACACAUAACUGGGAUCCACACGCAGACACGCACGGCGCAACCAUGAGUGAGAGACAGGCAUCUGGAGCAAUGACUGGAAACAGCAAACCUUCUGCUGGCCAAGGGCUUCAAGGUCAACCAAAGGUCCCAUCUAAACAUGAGAAGAAGAACAACCUGCCGCAGGAUAUCGACAUCGACAUGGAAAACCCUGAGACGGAGAAGGCUGCUGUCGCCAUCCAGUCUCAGUUUAGGAAAUUCCAGAAGAAGAAACAGGAUGUGAAGUUGUAGAGCGAGCGCCGUCAGCAGCGUCGCCACCUGAACUGGGCCUGGUCUUGCAUGUCAACAGAACUGCACCGUCAUGAACUGAGAAGGAAGAGUGGUGGGUGGGGUUCCUGAAGGUGGAGGUCAGGGGAUCUAAACAGUAUGUUUGUCAAAGUCUGUGCAUAAUUUAUAGUUAGAAUGACUAAUAUAUAAAACAGUGAUACAUUAUCAAAGUCUGGGUGUACGUGUUUAAAUCUUUCCUAUAAUUUUGCUAUUUAUGUUUUUUACUUCACUUAAUAAUGUUUCUUAUGUCACUAUCACUGUAAUAUACCCAUGUAAACAGAACAAACUAUGAUAUCAUAAAUUGUCAAUUAUUUUCUUUAAUUCAGGGACAAUUUAAAACCACGUGCAUAAUUUCAUUGGCAUUUCCCUCCGGCUGGGUAAAAUCAUCCUGCUUUCACACUGUAUUACUCAUGCUUUCAAAAUCAAUGAGGUGUCUCUAAUUUGUUGGUGUCGGUGAGCUCCUUUCCACUGUGUCUGUUCACCUGACGACAUGAACCUCACUGAGAUGUUUGUCUUUGUAGAGACUGUAGAUGUUGUGCUUAUGGUUCGAGUAGUUGUGUUUCUAUCCUUAUUUGUGUUCAAGUGUGAUUUAAUCAAUAUCAUUGUUCAAUUGGAUCACACAUUUACUGUAUCCUGUACACAUGUAUGCAUGCAAGCUUGCACAAACACACACACACACACACACACACACACACACACACACACACACACACACACACACAGUUAAAUAAAUGAAGAAUUCUAAA